CCCCCCCCCCCCUUUCCGUGUUGGGUUGGAUCGGAACCACGGGCUCUGAUCCGGUUUCUACGCCCGUGACAAAAGUUUGACUGUGAGAAGAUGCUGCUCCGCUUCCUCACGCGCUGCUGUGGAUUCGUCUCUUGAGAAAUAGCUGCGAUCCUGCGCGUCCGUGGUCGUCGGAGCCAGUUUGAACCAACUGAGGGUUUUUUUGUUUUUUAUAUUCUCGCACAUCAUCAUCACCACCACCAUCAUCAUCACCAUCAUCAUCAUCACCAUCUCUCGCCCAGGAUUGAAUCAUGUCUCGCUCCAUAAUGGACUUCCUCGGACUGUACUUCUUACAGCUGGCUCUCAUCGGAGUCCCUCGUGUGGCUCUGUCUCUGGGCGGCAGGGACUGCCUGCGUGCCGGAGACACCUGCUCCAGCGACGACACCUGCAGCCCGCGGCUCCGCACCCUCAGGCAGUGUGUGGCGGGGGACGGCAGCGUGAAGCUGGGCCCCGGGGCGCGGAACCAGUGUGAGAACGCCAUGACUGCUCUGCUGUCCACGCCACUGCACGGCUGCCAGUGUAAACGAGGCAUGAAGAAGGAGAAGAACUGCCUGAGCAUCUACUGGAGCCUGCACCAGUCGGUGCUGCACGGACUCAGCCUGGUGGAGAAUUUCCCGUACGAACCGGAGGAGAGAGGCUCCGACUACGUCCGCCUGGCCUCCAUCGCUGCAGAAUCUGAGGUAACGACGGUGAACCGCUGCCUGGACGCCGCCAAGGCGUGUAACAUAGAUGAGACGUGUCAGAAGCUUCGUACGGAGUACGUCUCGUCCUGCAUCCAGCCGUCGGCCCGCUCGGGGCCGUGCAACCGACCAAAGUGCAACAAGGCGCUGAGGAAGUUCUUUGACCGUGUCCCCCCCGACUACACCCACGAGCUGCUGUUCUGUCCCUGCACCGACACGGCCUGCUCCGAGCGCCGGAGGCAAACCAUUGUGCCGUCCUGCUCCUACGAAGACAAGGAAAAGCCCAACUGCCUUGCUCAGCUGCGGGUCUGCAAGGCGGACUACGUGUGCAGGUCUCGCUGGGCACAGUUCCAGUAUGAUUGCCAACCCUCGGAGCCGAGCGCCAGCGGCUGCAAGCAGGAGAACUACGGAGCGUGUCUACUUGCAUACACCGGCCUGAUAGGAAGCACGAUAACACCCAACUACCUUGACAACUCCACCUCCAACGUGGGGCCCUGGUGCUCCUGUGCAGCGAGCGGGAACCACAGGGAGCAGUGCAACGACUUCCUGACGUUCUUCCACGACAACGUCUGCCUGAAAAAUUCCAUCCUGUCCUUCGGAAAUGGAUCCGAUGUGAAGACGGGUGCCGGCCAGCCCGGGAUGCCGAGUCCGGCGACGGACAACCAGAGCCCGUUCCUGACAACCAGCGCCCCGGGUGUCUCCAUGGAAACAGAGCAGAACAUUCUGCGAGCACAGAUACCGACUCAGGUAAACGAGAACGACAGAUUGUGGGGCGACGAGGGCGACUCCACCCUCCCGUCCCCGGGCCUGUCGGACGGCGGCGGCGAGCCCGUCCGCCUGACCCUGCUGCUGGGCCUCGGCUGGCUGCUGCUCGCCGUGCUGCUGAUCUCCGACUAACACGAGGCCUCGCUCACCUUGGCCUCCACGGACACUACUCCUGACCUGGGGGAGGCUGGGGGGGGGAGGAGAGAGAGAGAGAGAGAGAGAGAGAGGGAGAGAGAGAGAGAGAGAGAAAGAGAGAGAAACAGCCAUUUCUAUGUGUCAAAUGACCGGGGGGGGGAGGGGUGAAGGGUCGACUCCGCCCUGCUCCCUCUCCGUCACAAAAAUCACACUUAAUCUCUUUUUGUGAAUCAUGACUCGGAGCAGAUGUGUUGUGAUGGGCGGCCCACGCCCGUGAGACGACCACCAGGAGGGGGCGCUGUGACCGCACCACGGGGGACACAAACAACCAGGAAGUACACACCUCAUUUUCUCGCCUCACGCCCAAAAAAUACACAAACUGUCACAGACGACACUCAUGCAGACUUUGCUCAUCGGGGAAAAACAAGCUACGGUGAAACGUGGGUUCAGAACGUGUACAGCAAGAGACACUGAAGACGCAGUGCAGGAAAUCUAUAACAAUAUAUAUAGAUAUAUAAAUAUACUACAAAAAAAAACUACCAAAAAAAAAAAACUUUCUGUCCUUGAACAUUCCUUGAUGUAAAAGAAAAAAUAUAAAUGUUAAGACUUUUCUCUCAGAUGAUCUGUGAUGAAGUGUAACAGGAGAUUUAAGGUGGAUGUGUGUGUGCUCACAUUCUGCUGCUUUCUUUAGACGCCACUUUUUGUUUUUGAUUUUAAAUCGAUGUUUAUUUCCCCAACACGUUAAAAUGAAUCACGAUGAAAGUCUGUUUGUUUUUUGUGUUUUAAUUUGAGUUUAUUUCCAAAUAAAUGUGUAGAAAACAAUAUGAUUGAAAGUUAAGAUUAAGAAGAAUCCUUGAAAUCAGUGAAUGUUUUAUUUUAUCAAACGAUGACCUACGUUACUUAUUAUGUUAUUAUUAUGUUAUUAGCCUUAAACGUAUUGUAAUGUCAUUCAUUUUUAAAGCUUUCAAUCACUUCACAUCAGUGGAUGUUACCUCACUUUGGAAGGAGACUCUUCAUAUACUCACUCAUCGAGCUUUAAGUGUGAAGGCCUAACAAAUGUUUGAAUCUGUUCCUUUUUUCAGAAAUGUAAAAAAAAAAUAAUAACAACCAACGACUUGGUUUUGGGAGAAGCAACAAAAACACGGAGACGAGUUUCUAUUUUUUAAAACCUACGUGGACUUUGCUGCGGAGAGAGAACAGACGUGUGUGGACCCGUGUUUGUAAAGAUGUGAAAAGCACAGAUCUGCUUCGUGGACGUGUCUGAGAAAAAGUGUGUUUUAUGUUUGGUGAGAGUUUGAGGAAAGUGUCACUUUCACCCAUCUGAAGAAAACAGCCAUUUGUUAAACAGCAUUGUUGAACCGUUCCUUUAAAUUCAGUCGAGCUGCAAACACUCAUCGAUAUCAAGAGUGUUUUAUCGAGAUCCAUGAAUUAUCAGAAAACAAACUCCUGCAGCUGCCAAUUUAAAUUCUCUCUUGGCUCAAAACUUGGAAAUCUGCUCCGUGGCGUUCGCACAGACGACUCUGAGCAUAUUUGGAUUUCAGCUGCUGAAAGUGACACAUUCCACUUCCUGUUGGACCUAAUCAACGCACGACGAGCUCAUCGCGUUGCCAUGGCAGCACGAUGGGUGGUCGCAGUUUUUCCCGCCGCUGACUUCUGCAAGAAGGAAAAAAAGCGUGAGGCCCUUUUGGAUUUGAGACGGAGGUUUAAAGGGUCGAGUGUUUCCUCACUUCACUCUUAAUGGUGUUUGAACAUGCAGAGUUUAGUGGCACUGCUCCAGGUUCUCAGAUAAUCGCCGCUUUCGUUCAAAUACAAAGACGGAGAGUGAGAUAUUAUUUGCACUGCUCAUGUUUUUAUCUCUCGGAUCCCACUCCCUUUAUCCGACUCUCUGGUUCGUGCGUCGUCGUCCCAUUCAUUCUGCAGCUUUUGUGUUGAAUCACUUUGUUUUUGAGUUUUCAGCUGAUAGAUAAAUCAACUACAGCCACACAAAGCACAUCUAACUCUCCUCAUUCAGUAAAACUGCUCCCUGACAAACACAACAUGUCAUCAGCUGCUUUAUUUACUGAUUUUAUAACGUCUUUGAAGCAAUGUUGGUAUUUUUGACCCAGUGUUAAUGCAAAAUAUUGAUUAGUGCCCAUUUUAUUACACUAAAGUUUAACAUGUGUGAUUAGAGCUUUGUUAUAUCAUUAAAGUUAUUAUUUUGAAGGUAAUAAAAAGGGACGAUGAUGUUUUGUGCUGGUGGCAGAAGUUGAAAAGGCCGAUACCUCCGAGCCUGGGCAGUUUCAAAUGAACUCUCUCUGCAGUGUCACGAGUGAGGAAAUCUUUCAGUUUUGUGAUUUGAAUGAACCGACCCUUCAAACGUUCAAGUCUCUGUGGUUGUGUGGUUCCCUGGUGACGAGGGUUUGAUACCUCUGCUCGUCACCAAGCCUCUGUCGCCCCAUUUUGACUCGUGCUGUGAUUUCUCAGUCGGGGGCGUUGUGUCCUCUGAGGUGAUGGACGGCUUCCUGUCCGUCCGCACCGGUAGAAUCCCAGAUAUGACACGUGUCACUUCCUGCAAAUAAAGACGACUCUGUAAA